UUUCAGUAAUACAAUUCCUUCACUUCAUUCCAUCCUUGCUUUUACUGCAUUUCCCCCCUCCCUCUCUCCUGCUUUGCUUUUCAAGGAAAUUAAGGAGCUACCCUGGCUGUUAUCUUGCUUACGGCAAGUGAUUCUUCUGAUCGCAUGGCUUGUAGCGUUUUAGAUCUCAGUCAGUACAGAUUUUUCCAUUUCAGCUCUGUAACCCAUUACUUCAGGUGACCCUGUGUUUAAUGCCGGCCAACUUUUAUAUUUGUUGUUUGUCAUCUGUUGAUGAAUAUAUUCACCUCGUUUCAAGCUGAGUCUUAUCAUGACCCGCUUUUAAUACUUUUCACGUGGAACGGUAGUUUGCCUUUUCUUUUACUUUCCGUAUGUUUAUGUAUGGCUCAAUAAUUUUAGUUCACUCGGUGACUCACUGCUCUUCUCCUCGCGUUUGAAUGCCGAUCAACCAGGCGAUUUAGCAACUUUCAAAACCUUAGGCUUCCAUUUCUGUCACUAUGGUUUCCCGAGAUUCACCUCCAAAUCCAACUUCCAGCUUGCUACACCAUUUUAUCGUCUCGGAUUCUAUCAACGGCCAAAACCAAUUGGGAGACCAACAUUUUGAUGCUUAUGGCUCCGCUUUGAGAAGCAACCACGACACAUUUCCUCAGUCCCUGGGUUUAUUGCCCAGCAUUCAUUCUCUCGGCGAAAGAAUGUCCAGAUCAAUGGAUCUCCUUCCAGCUCCCAUUGUAACGAAGGAAUCGGAGAUUAGCCAGACAAGACACCUGAUGGACCUUCUUGGAGCAGCUAACGAGACCAACCAUCAAACUCAAAGGCUCUCACUGCCUCUGGUUUCUCACAUGCUUGGUCCGUCCUUAAAUUUUGGUAUUGCAAGUUCUAGUUACUUGCUUUCGGAGGCAGAAGACAGAGAAGUUUGCAAUCCUGGAGUGGGGACUGCAAGGGGUAAUGAUUACUCUUUCACUGCUAACACAUUUGCUUCGGCUUCCACCUCACUGCACCGGCCUCUUGCGACUACUUAUGGGUCAGAAUCUUUUGCCACUGCUAUUGUGAAUUCCAGGUAUCUAAUGCCCACUGAGUCCCUUCUAGAUGAAGUUGUCAAUAUUGGUGGCAAAAAUGUCGAUGAGAAUUUCUUUAGGAAGUUAUAUAAAGGUGACAAGGGAGAGAGUUCAAGAAUUUCCUCUGAAUUAAAGGCAGAAUUCUGCAGUAAUGAGAUACAGCUGCCUGAAAAGCACGAGCUCCGAGUUGGGCUCGCAAAGCUAAUUGGAUUACUGGAGGAGGUUGAACUCAGGUACGAGAAAUACUACCAGCAAAUGAGAGAAGUGGUUUCAUCGUUUGAAUCCAUAGCUGGUUUAGGAGCAGCAAAGUCGUAUACUGCUUUGGCACUGCAAGCAAUGUCCAGGCAUUUUGGCAAUCUAAGGGAUGCCAUAGUAUCCCAAAUAAAUGUCACCAGAAGAAAGUUUCUGCAUGAUUUACCCAGAACCAACGCGGGGUUAUCGCAACAUAGCUUGUUCGAUAGAGAUUCAAGGCAGAAUCGACAGUCUCUUCAACAACUUGGAAUUAUCACUGGCCAAAGGCAAGCUUGGAGGCCCAUUAGAGGAUUGCCAGAAACCUCAGUAGCAAUCCUUCGGUCUUGGCUUUUCGAACACUUCCUUCACCCGUAUCCAACAGACUCAGAGAAGCUAAUGUUGGCAUCACAGACAGGCCUGACCAAGAAUCAAAUAUCAAACUGGUUUAUAAAUGCUCGAGUUCGACUAUGGAAGCCUAUGAUAGAAGAAAUGUACAGAGAGGAGAUUGCAGACUCUUCUCAAGACUCCGAUUCUUCAUUUGCCAACAGUUCCAUUAUCAGGGAAGCAACAACUGAUCAAGCGGAGGACUGAAGCAAUAGCAAGCAUCAAUUUAGACUGAAUGACUUUGUAACCUGAAUUCUUAGACUAUAAUCUGAUCGUUCACAAAUGAUCAGUGAAACUCAUUAGACUCGAAAUACAGUUUUUGAAGCCUAAUGGUGGAACUUAGUUU